AUAUUGGGUGAAAGAUGAAUUAUUGGGUCUGUUGGUUGGCCCCGGUGAAAGUGUGCUCCUAUUCUUUGUUUUGAGGAUUUCUUUUAUAGAUUCUUAUUCAAAUAAUUGAGAAUUAUUCUAGAUUAACUAAUUUAUAGUAGCAUGGCAGCAGCAAAUGGAAUGACUGCAAGAGAAUGGGAUCGGAAUUACAGGGUGUGUCCUUUCAAUCCAUCGCACGUUGUUACGAGGCUUCGUUUCAUUUAAUCAUUUAUUGAAAUGCAAAACUAAGUAUGCACAUCUGGGAUUUGUCAUGUGCCGGUACGAUGCGUCACAUUAUAUAAAGCCCGAAGAAAUGGGUGCACAUUUGUUGGUUUGUGAAAAGAGAGAACUUUGUCAGGACAGUUUUGAAAUAACCCACAGACCGCGCUCGAGACCUUGCAACAGCGCCUACAUUACUGAUGACAGUGAGAAUUGGGAUGAUGAUGAUGAUGAUUGUAUGGAUGAAGAACGCACUACAAUCUCAAAGAAAAAUGCAAGAAGUGUGAAAGCUAGUACGGAAGCAAUGGCACUCUAUCAUGAAAAUGCUUAUGGUUUUGUAACUACCAUUGGACGGGGCACUUUCCGGUCACAUCUUGGAGCAUUACCAUCUGCAAGCAGUUGUUUAGCUCUCAGCACUUCGAAAACACAGAGACCUGAUGUUGAAGAGAAGAAAUAUGAAGAAGUGAUCAAAGAAAAAGAAAAAGAGGAAGAAAUGUAUGACGAUUUUGAUGACAAUUACAAUGAAUCGUCUCUUGACAUGCAAUCUUUCAAAAAAUUUUACAAAGACAUUCAUUUACCCUCAAGAAAAUCCCCAGAACCUGAAACUCAUUCGGCAGAGGAAAUUACAAGGGCAAACAUAAAGACAGCAAAUAGAUCCUUUGGCAGAGGUAACAUGCGUCAUUUACUUGAUUCAUUCACUACGACGAAGGAGCCACCAGCAAGUAGAGGCAUUGGGAGAGGCAGGGGUUGUUUGUCGUUAGUACCCGAAUUCCUCGAAUCUGCUGAGAAGAAACCUAUUGCGAGAGUGGACAUGCAGAAAGAAAUGGCCACUGUUGAAGAUAUGCUUGAAGCGGUAAAAUUCCAGCCGUCAAAGGCGAAGCUGCAGGGUCUCUUUGACAAACAACAUGGAGAUGAUUGGGAAUCAGACUAAAUGUUCAAAGCAAAAACGCAAAGCAAUUUCACAACUCAGUCAUUACUUCAUUUUUAUCAGUUAUUGUUCAUCUAAGUGGAGUUAUUUUAUUAUUAUCAAGUCAGUUGUUACUUGAGGCUGUUUAUUUAGCAUUAGUGCCUUAUUUUCUACUUUUGAUAUACUGUAAUUGUAGAAGGAAUUGUUUCAGCUUUUAUAAGAAUAUUCAUAUACUUAAUUAGUGUACUGAUAGAAGCAAGAGAGCAAAUUCAUACUAUUUUUCUAUAUAAAUUGAAUAAAUCUAUCUGUUGACUGUUAUAAAAACUAGUAACGGGUGUCUCAUUAAGGAUGCAACCCAAAGUACGAGAAGGUAUUAGGUCUAUAUAAAUUUUAAUUUUAGGUGGCCAAACUUCAAUGUUGGCCAACAUGUAUUAAAGGCCAUAUUCAAGUGUUAGUUAAAGAGAGUUAGUCUUUCAUUAGUGCUGUCUCAGCUAUCGUUUUGUUACGUUAUACCAGAAAUGGUUUUUGUGAACGCAUGUUCAUUUUUUGAGACUUAUAUUGUUUAAAUCCUAUAAAUGUGGGCAACAUUAUGAAUAGAGUUUCCUCAAAUACUGCAGUUCCUAAUAAGUUGAUAAUAGAGAAGGUGAUCAAUGAAUUUAUUUUAACUUGUAGGGUACAAGAUGAUAAGAUGCUAACUCGUCUGCUGCCAACAAAGUUAGCGAAAAAUUUGCUGAGAAUGUUAUCAACGUUUUUCUGAGAAUGUUAUCAUCAGAAGCAAGGGUGUCAUCAUUUACUACUGUCAUAAAAACUCCAUCUAUACCAUAAGUAGUCCAAUCAAUUUUCUUAUUUAACUUUGGGUUGUCCUUAAUGAAACACUCUUUUUAAUAGAACCAAAUAUAAAUACAAACUUGAAUGUUGGCAAAAAUGUAUUAAAGGUCUUAUGCAAGUGUUAUUUAAAGAGAGUUAGCCUUUCAUUAGUGCUGUUUUAGCUGUCGUUUUUUUACGUUGUGUCAUAAUAUGGUUUUUAACAAAGAUGAACGUAUGUUCAUUUUUUAGACGUAUAUUUUUUGAACCAUUACAAUACAGAUCUAGUUCGUUGACCAACAAAAAUGGAUAUUCUGAUUUAUAUUAUCGUACUGUUCUUUGUUACGAUAUCUUGUGUGAUAGAACUUCGACAGUUUAAUCCUUCAUAAUCAUAAAUAUUUUAAUUAUUUUUAUGUCAAAGUUCUACUGCAACUCAGUUCUAUAUUGAAAAUGAUAAUUAUUAUGAUUGAUUACCAUUCUCGAUUAUGAUCGUGAAUACAUACUUGGUCUAUACUUUUUUAUGUAAAUAUAAGUUUUCUUUAUUCAUGGUGCUAUACAUUUAUAAAUAAAUAAACGUAUCGCUGUUUUUUCUA